GCCAGCGUAAGAACCGCUGCACUGUGCAUCAGUGUGACAUUUACUCCGUUUUUUUCGCAAUUUUGUAUAUUUUUUUGGAAUCUCUCAAUAUGACAUCAAAAAACAAGCAGAAAUGACAAUAUCCUAAUCACCGAACGCGGAGAUCUAUUUUCCGGAUUAAUGUGGACAACUCUUUUAUAUGACCGGAAUGUAUCCUCUUGCCUAUUGACAGCUUUAAAAAUCGAGUUUCAUCACCAAAGACGUGCGACGUUUGGGCUACCGUCGGGUUAAAUUUACUAAACAAACAAACAAUAUCACCAUGGUCGAUUGUCCGGACCGGGAGGGUAGACCGGUCCAUCACUUGGAGACCUCCCAAUUUUACAGGACUAGCGACUUACCAAAACGGUUCGAAUAUCCAAGCUGGUUCUACGGUUACGGAAUUCAAAAACCACAGGAGCAUCCUUUUUACAGAACGACCUCCAGCGAUUACGGGAGGUACCCUCCCACCAUUCACACGGUGCCUACUUCUUUUUUUCCAAAAACCCAAGAAUUCAGUGCCACUUUGGCGAAAGCUGGUAUGUACCGCAACUAUUCGCUAAACACCGGACUAGACGCCUCCACCUGUUAAUAGCUUUUCUAAAGAAGAAUCGAUCGCUU